UCUAGUUUUAUUUGCUGUAAUGGUUAUCUGUAAAUUAGAUAUUGCCCACACUGAUGACCAUUCGCAGGAAGCCUACGAAGAAUUAAAAGCGUUCUUCGCAGAGAUAUCCGGGGACACUGAAAUUACUUAUACCGAUUUUCUAAACAUGAUGGCAAUAUUCUCACAAUAUGAAAAUGGAGAUUUAUCGGAUUGGAAUGACAAAACGCCACUCUACUUGGCAACACAAGAAAUAAAUCGCCUUGAAGAUAUUAUAUCAGAACAUGAGGGAGAAAACGCAGCUCUGAUGAAAGAACUUAACAGUUGUGUACCUGCUCGCGACAACUGGGAGAACGAAUUUGAAAUAGUAUUAAAAGAAUUAGACGAAUGUGAAGAUACGGCGGUAAAUUUGGAAGAAUUGUCGGGUGGUUUACAAAUCGAUAACAAUGUAUGCAAAGAAGAGAAAAAUUCCUGUUUCGCCGACAACGCAAACUUACAAAAACAAGUGGAUUACAUGAAGAUGUUGCUAGGUGCCGUGGAGCCAUAUAACCUGGUCCCUUACAUUGAAUCAUUAAAUGAGCAAAUCGAUUCAUUAAUGGCCAAAAAUUUUAACCAAAGUUUUGAAAUGGCAUACAAAAACGAAGCCAUAGACGACCUGAGUAGUCAAGUAGACGAAUUGAGUAGUUCCCUGGACGACAAAGAAGCUCAGUACGAAUCUUGUACACAAAACGCCUUAGAUCUUGAGUGUUCCUUACAAAAAUGCUUUAUUGACGAACAAGAAAACGUGCAAAAAAUAACAGAUUACAAGCUAUUAGAAGACGAAAGAGAAAGAGUGCAGAGUAAUCGGGAAAACAGUACAGAAACUGCAAUGAUAAACGCUUUGAAUGUCGCGAAAAUAUUUCAAAUCGAACAUGAAGCGAAAGAUGAUGUUGUCGAAACUUUGAUAAAGUUGACAGAUAUCUUGUCUGAAGCUGAACCAAUUAUUUACUGGCCUUUUUAUCCCGAUAGUAUAUCAGAACUAAUGAUGCUCUCCGUUUCCCAAUUUGAACUCGCUGUCUCCAGUUAUUUUUGUAAGAUUACCGCCUUGCAAUGUCAAUAUGGUAAAACAUGCUACUUUCGUUCUCCCGAUGAUUUAUUUAAGGAGCAGGAUUUUGCAGCAAUGGAAAAAUACCUAGAAGAGCAACUUUCCCUUGACGUGUACUCUGCGAACAUCGUUGAUGGAUUCGAGGGUCAGCUUGAACCUGUGAAGCUGCAACUCAUCGAAAUGUUUUCGACAGUUUUUCUUGUACCCGAACUUGUCAACAAAAUCGACUCACAAACAAUAUACUAUGUUAAUGUGGACAAUUACGUUGGAAUUCCACUUUUUACUCCAUACCAACUGUUCUAAUAGAAAGAGUUUCUGACAUUUUACAUUCUGACGAUCAACAAACCAUCAAAAGUAACGCACUUGAUUACAUUGACUGCAGGUGUCCAUACGAGGAAGACAUCUGUACUGUGAAACCAAUAAUUGAUCAUUGAUCUUAUGUUGGGAAGUUACAUUGUUGGAACGUUUUGAAUAAUAUUAUGAGGUAUAUACAAUAUUUAAACGUGCAGGUAUAAACUGAAGCACCAUUCAUUACAGUUAAGUCCAAGUGCGAUUGUCCAUUCCUCUCACUGUACUCCUGAGUUACAAGUAUAUGCUCCUUUUCCGAGUCACAAGUAGGGUAUCAAUCAUAACAUAUCUAACCAGUGAGUGAACCAUAGACAUUGCCAGGAACAUAGAGAGCAACGAAAUUAACAGUUAUACAAUGUAUUUUAGACGAAUCGUUCUCAGACGGAUGAUUUUCAUUGAAACCUUCAACGCGUAAUUUAGUAGCUGAAAUUUGAAAUAGCAAAACUAAAUAUAUGAAACCUAUACUGAAUAUUUUAAUAUUAAUAGCGUAGGUUUCAGUAUAAAUUAUGUGCAAAACAUCUGGAUGAAUUAAACUUUCGCAAGUUUACUUUAGCAAAUAGUUUUUGAAAAUAAUGAUAUGCCUCCGUCAUACAUGGAAGCUUUUAAAAUUAGUUUAUUCACCUUUACUGCUAACUCGCAAACUAACAACAUAACAUCUGGUCAAGUAUCUGCUCUAGCAAAUAUUGAAAGAAGGUACUGGAUAGCUUAGAUAGGCUUUAUUAGACAAUCCACGUAACGUAAAUGUGAUUAUUUCUCAACAAUAUUGAAGCUAAUUUGUUGCUAGACAAUUCAUUAAGAAAAACAGCAUUUACUGUCUAUAAAGAAAUAUAGCCACUGUCAUCGAUAACAAUAUAAGGCUAGUCCGAGAAUUCCGAUGCGGACAAGACAAAUAUUUCCUACGAUAUACCGCAUAUGAAUGUACGAAUAGAAUCUAUAUCACGUUUCAUGAUAUUCUGCUUUCUGAAAAUUUCUGUAAGGCGCCCUGUCUGGACCUAUGGGCAGGAUGAACUCAAAUUUUCUUCAAGUUAUAUGGAAGGAAUCACCUCUAUCAAUUUUUGGAGAUCGUUCCAAGUGUUUUCGUCAGUUUAUUUUUUUCUUGAAUAUGUUUACCAUAACAU